CGCCGCUGUCAAAAGUGACCAAACCCACCAUUAGCGUGUAGUGUGCUAGGUGUCAAAGCCGUGCAAAUCGUGAAGAAAAUUCGGAAAUUUCCCUGCAAAACGCGCCCCAAACCGGCCCAAAAGUGCUGAAAAUGGUGCAUUAAGCUGCGCCGGUUUGUUUACAAAACAAGAUCGAAGCUGUUGCGCGAAACGAGUUUGUUUUGGUUUUAAUCGAAUUGAGUUACGAAAAUGUCGAACUCGGUGCAGCAGUUUGUGAACGGGCUGAAGAGCCGCAACAAGGACACGCAGAACAAGACGGCCCAGGAGCUGUCGCUGUACGUCAAGACGGAACUCCGGGAGAUGCCGUACGACGAUUUGGUGGCGUUUUUCGAGGAUUUUAAUCACCACAUUUUCGAGAUGCUUUCGAGCGCCGACACGAACGACAAAAAGGGGGGCGUGCUGGCCAUAAAUUGCCUCAUCAGUGGGGACGUGGUCAACACGACGACGCAGAUUUCGCGUUAUUCGAACAAUUUGCGCCAGCUGCUGCCGUCGAGUGAUAUCUGCGUGAUGGAGUUGGCGGCGAAGGUGCUGGUCAAGCUGGCCCUGCUGCCCGGUUCGAAGGGUGCGGAAUCGUUCGAGUUCGACAUCAAACGUGCCUUCGAGUGGUUGACGGAGGAGCGAACGGAGCCGAAGCGGCACGCGGCGGUGUUGAUCUUGCGGGAGCUGGCAGUGGCCAUGCCGACGUUCUUCUACCAGCAGGUGGGAAGCUUCUUCGACCACAUUAUGGUCGCGAUCAAGGACCCGAAGCCGAUGAUUCGCGAGGGAGCGGGUCAGGCGUUGCGCGCCGUUUUGAUUGUGACCUCGCAGCGCGAGGGAACGAAACAGAACAACAACCCGCAGUGGUACAACCACUGUUACGACAGUGCGAUGGAGUGCUUCAACGAGGUGCCGACGCGGGAGAAGGGCUUCAGCCGGGACGACCGGAUUCACGGUGCGAUGAUUGUGUUUAACGAAAUUUUACGGAGCUCGAAUUCGGCGUGGGAGAAGAAGUACAUCCAGCUGGAGAGUUUGAACGUUGAUCGGAGGGCGCGUCCGACGGAGGACGGACACGGGAUAUUCCCGCGCAUUCGAGUGCCGUUUAUGGAUAAGUUGAGCGGGUCGAGCGGUGGUUCCGGGUACAGUUCAAGAUAUCACGACAGUAGCGAUAUGAAAUUCUUCCGGCAGAACAGCUCGAUUCAGGAGUCGGCGCUGUGUCGUGCGUUGGUCAACGACAAUUACGACUUGAUCUGCCAGAAGGUGAUGGAGCAGCGCGUUUCCAAAUCCCCGUACGUGAUGCAGACGCUGCUGACGAUCCUGCCGCGGCUGGCCGCGUUCAACAGACGAGAGUUUGUGGAAAAACACCUGAAGUCCGUCGUGAGUUAUCUAAUCGGAACGUUGAAGAGCAAGGAGAGAGAACGUAAUUUAGCAUUCAUAACGCUUGGAUAUAUCGCGGUCGCGGUUGAAAAAGAAAUGGAACGUUACGUGAAACGGAUAAUGGAGGUAAUAACAGCUGCCCUCCCAUCAAGAGACACCCCCAGCAAGAAGAAACCCGCCGUCGAUCCGUCCGUGUUCAUGUGCAUUACGCUGCUCGGUCACGCCCUCAAAUCUGCCAUCACUUCGGACGUUUCCAAAAUCCUCGCCUCGAUGCUCUCAACCGGACUCAGCACCGGUCUAACCGUCUGCCUGCACGAACUCUGCGAAAACGUCCCCCAGGUCAAGCAGGACAUCACCAGCGGCCUCCUCAAGAUCCUGUCCUGCGUCCUCAUGAACAAACCCCUUCAACCGUGGCAACCGACCAAAACCCAGUCCGCGAUCAACACGAACGUGUACGAGCAGCACGUGCAGGACACUCCGACGACGGUGCUGGCACUGCGAACGCUCGGCACGUUCAACUUUGAAGGCCACAGCUUGCUCCCAUUUGUGCAGCGUUGCGCGGACCACUUCCUGGUCAGCGAGCAGCAGGAAAUCCGCAUCGAGGCGGUCCAGACGUGCACGCUGCUGUUGAAGCUCGCGCUGCAGUCGGUGGACUCGGCGGACGGGUCGGAAACGCUCACGCAAACCGUCGGGAACGUGCUGGAGAAGAUCUUGAUCGUGGGGAUUACGGACGUGGAUCCGAAUGUGAGAUUGCGCGUGUUGAAAUCGCUCGACGAUAGCUUCGACUCGCAGCUGGCUCAACCGUGGUUCUUGAGCUCGUUGCUGAUCACGAUGAACGAUGAGGUUUUUGAGAUUCGCGAACUCGCGAUCAUCAUCAUUGGUCGCCUGUCGGCGAUCAACCCGGCGUACGUGAUGCCGAGUCUGCGCAAGACGAUGGUGCAGAUAUUGACGGAGCUGGAGCACUCCGGGAUGAGUAGGAAUAAGGAGCAGAGCGCGAGGAUGUUGGACCACUUGAUUGUGAGUACGCCGCGGCUGAUUUCCUCGUACAUGCGGCCGAUUCUGACGAUUUUGGUGCCGAAGCUGAAGGAGCCGGAGUCGAAUCCGGGCGUGAUGUUGAACGUGCUGCGGGCGAUUGGAGACUUGGCGGAGGUUAAUGGGGGGCAGCAGGUGCUGGAGAAUUGGUCGGAUGAGCUGUUGGCCACACUGCUGGAGAUGUUGAGCGAUGCCGGAUCGACGGACAAGCGUGCCGUUGCGCUGUGGACUCUCGGACAGUUGGUGAGCGCGACCGGGCAGGCCGUUUCCCCGUACCACAAAUACCCGAACUUGAUCGACAUCCUGAUCAACUUCCUCAAAACCGAGCAGCAAUCGUACGUACGACGGGAGACGAUUCGCGUCCUCGGCCUGCUCGGCGCCCUCGAUCCGUACAAACACAAGAUGAACCGUGGCCUGAUCGACAGCCAAACCAACAACAUUCUGAUUUCCAUCUCGGACACCAAAACCGAAGAAUACACCGACCUGUCAACCUCAGAAAUGCUCAUCAACAUGGGCAACCAGCUCGAGGAGUACUACCCGGCCGUGGCCAUCUCCACCCUGAUGAAGAUCUUGCGCGAUCCGACCCUGUCCGCGCACCACAUCAGCGUCGUCCAGGCGAUCACGUUCAUCUUCAAAAGUCUCGGCAUCAAGUGCGUCCCGUACCUGUCGCAAGUCCUCCCCAGUCUGCUCGGAAACAUCCGCAACGCCGAAAUGAACCUGAAAGAGUUCCUCUUCCAGCAGCUAUCGAUCCUCAUCGAGAUCGUCAAGCAGCACAUCAUCAGCUUCAUGGACGAAAUCUUCCAGCUGAUCAAAACCUUCUGGAACAGCAACUACCCACUGCAGUCAACUUUAAUCAUUCUAGUUGAGAAGAUCGCGAUCGCGCUCGGCUGCGAGUUCAAGAUCUACCUUCCCCAGCUCAUGCCGCAAAUUCUCCGCGUCCUCCUGCACGACAACUCAACGAACCGGGUCGUCACCGUCAAGCUGCUCUCCGCGCUGCAAAAGUUCGGCAACAAUCUGGACGACUACCUGCACCUGAUCAUCCCGGCCGUCGUCAAGCUGUUCGAACCGAUCGACGUCCCCUUCGCCGUGUCCCUAGCCGCCCUCGAAACCAUCAACUACCUGGCGGAAAUCCUCGAUUUCACCGACUUCUCCUCCAGAAUCAUCCACCCCCUUGUUCGCGUCCUCGACAACCACCCCGGCCAACUCCAAACCGCCGCCCUCCAAACCCUCUGCUCGAUCAUGAUCCAACUCGGCAAAAAGUACCUCGUCUUCGUCCCCCUCGUCAACCGCGUCAUGAUCAAGCACAAAAUCUCCUACACCGAGUACAACAAACUCCUGACCAAGCUCCAAAGCAGCACCACGCUCGCCCUGGACGACGAGUUCCGUCUCCGUCAAGCCCGCUUCAAAAACCGCGAACUCUCGCUCGCCUCCGACACCACGAUCCGCAAGCUGAACGUCUCAACCGUCGACCUGCAGCUCGCCUUCAAAGCCAACCGACGCGUCUCCAAAGACGACUGGCUCGAGUGGCUCCGCCGGCUCAGCAACGGCCUCCUCAAAGAGUCCAAAAGCCCGGCGCUGCGAAGUUGCCGCACCCUGGCCCAAAACUACCCCCAGCUGUUGAAGGACCUGUUCAACGCGGCGUUCGUGUCCUGCUGGACCGACCUGCCCGACAACCUGAAGGAGGAGCUUUCGUCCAGCUUGCGGCAGGCGUUGAUGGUCCCCGAUCUACCGGAAAUCACCCAGACGAUCCUCAACCUUGCCGAGUUCAUGGAGCACUGCGAGAACGACUCGCUGCGCAUCGACCCGAAGAUCCUCGGCGAACGUGCGAUGGAGUGUCGAGCGUACGCGAAAGCCCUCCACUACAAGGAGGAAGAGUUUCACAACAUGAAGGAGAAGGAUCACGCCGUGUUCGAGUCGUUGAUCCUGAUCAACAACAAGCUGCAGCAGAAGGAGGCCGCCGAGGGCCUGCUGGAGUACGCGAUGGAACAUCGCAGCGCGUCCGAGGAGAUGAAGGUCCAGGUUCGGUGGUACGAGAAGCUGCACAGCUGGGAGAAGGCACUCUCGCUGUACGAGGAGAAGCUGGUGGCGAACGCGAACGACCUCGAGUCGCGACUCGGUCAGAUGCGAUGCCUGGAGGCGCUCGGAGAGUGGUCUUCGCUGCACACGCUCACCAAGGACAAGUGGGAGGUGCUCGGGAAUGAGGGCCAGAGCAAGGCUGGGAGGUUGGCGGCGGCCGCCGCCUGGGGCUUGCGCGAUUGGGAAGGAAUGCACGAGUUUGUCAAGUUUAUCCCCGAGGACACGCAGGACGGGUCGUUCUACAGGGCGGUGCUCGCCGUUCACCACGGCGAGUACGAGCUGGCGCAGACGUUGAUCGACGACACGCGCGACCUGCUCGAUACGGAGCUGACCGCUAUGGCUGGAGAGUCGUACGAGCGCGCGUACGGAGCGAUGGUGUGCGUCCAGAUGCUGGCGGAACUCGAGGAAGUCAUCCAGUACAAACUGAUCCCGGAAAGGCAGGAAACGAUCAAGCAGAUGUGGUGGGAUCGCCUCCUGGGUGGUCAACGCCUCGUCGAAGAUUGGCAACGCAUCCUCCAAGUUCACUCGCUGGUCGUCAACCCGGCGAACGACGUCCGAACCUGGCUCAAGUUCGCCUCGCUCUGUCGCAAGAGCGGAUCACUCAAAUUAUCAGAAAAGACCCUAGUCAUGCUACUCCGGUACGAUCCCUCCGAAUUCCCCGAACACGCUCUCCAGCACAGCGAGCCGGACAUUAGCUUCGCCUACACCAAGCACAUGUGGAUGGCCGGCCAGCGCAAACGCGCCUACGACCAACUCAACUCCCUCGUCGCGGACAUGAGCGCCGAGAAGAACUUCGAAACCGAGGAAAAGGACGAAAACCGCCGACUGCUCGCCCGCUGCUACAUGAAGCUCGGCCAGUGGCAGAACCAACUCCAAGGACUCAACGAGCAGUCCAUCCGGGGCAUCCUCGCGUGCUACGAAAAAGCCACCAAGCACGACUCCAACUGGUACAAGGCGUGGCACCUUUGGGCCUACAUGAACUUCGAGGUCGUCCAGAACCAAAAACAACAGGAAGACCUCCAAAAGAACCCCGGCGGAGACAAGGAAAAGUGCAUGAUCAAGCAGUACGCCGUCCCCGCCGUCGAAGGCUUCUUCCGCUCGAUCAACCUCUCCCAAGGCAACUCCCUCCAGGACACCCUCCGCCUCCUCACCCUCUGGUUCGACUACGGCCAAUACCCCAAAGUCUUUGACGCCCUCGUCGAGGGCAUGCGCAUGAUCGAGAUCAACACCUGGCUCCAGGUCAUCCCCCAGCUAAUCGCCCGCAUCGACACCCCGCGCAACCUCGUCGGCGAACUCAUCCACCAACUCCUCAACGACAUCGGCAAGUGUCACCCGCAAGCCCUCGUCUACCCGCUAACGGUGGCCUCGAACUCCGCAUCAAGCGCACGACGCCAAGCCGCUCACAAGAUCCUCGGCUCGAUGGGCGAACACUCGUCCACCCUGGUCAACCAGGCGAUCAUGUGCAGCGAAGAGCUGAUCCGGGUGGCGAUCCUGUGGCACGAGCAGUGGCACGAAGGGUUGGAGGAGGCGUCCCGGCUGUACUUUGGCGAGCGGAACAUCAAGGGGAUGUUUGAGACGCUGGAACCGUUGCACCAGAUGCUGCAGCGCGGGCCGCAGACGCUCAAGGAGACGUCGUUCAACCAGGCGUACGGACGGGACUUGAACGAAGCGCAGGAGUGGUGCAAGCAUUAUAAGAACUCCGGCAAUAUUCGCGAUCUGAACCAAGCGUGGGACCUGUACUACCACGUGUUCCGGCGGAUCUCCCGCCAACUGCCGCAGCUGACCUCGCUGGAGCUGCAGUACGUGAGUCCGAAGUUGCUCGCGUGUCGCGACCUGGAGCUGGCCGUCCCCGGAAGUUACACCCCGGGUCAGGAGUUGAUCCGCAUCGCGAGCAUCCAGUCGAACUUGCAGGUCAUCACGUCGAAGCAGCGACCGCGGAAGUUGUGCAUUCGUGGUUCCAACGGCAAGGAGUACAUGUUUUUGCUGAAGGGUCACGAAGAUCUGCGCCAGGACGAGCGGGUGAUGCAGCUGUUUGGGCUGGUCAAUACGCUGCUGCUGAACGAUCCGGACACGUUCCGGCGUAAUUUGACGAUCCAGCGGUACGCGGUCAUUCCGUUGAGCACGAACUCCGGGUUGAUUGGGUGGGUUCCGCACUGCGACACGCUGCAUACGCUCAUUCGGGACUAUCGGGACAAGAAGAAGACGAUGCUGAACAUUGAGCACCGGAUAAUGUUGCGGAUGGCGCCGGAUUAUGACCAUUUGACGUUGAUGCAGAAGGUCGAGGUGUUUGAGUACGCGCUGGAGCUGACCAAGGGUGAUGAUUUGGCGAAGUUACUUUGGCUGAAGAGUCCCUCGUCGGAGGUUUGGUUCGAUCGGAGGACGAAUUAUACGAGGUCGUUGGCGGUGAUGUCGAUGGUUGGGUAUAUUCUCGGGUUGGGCGAUCGCCAUCCGUCGAACCUGAUGCUGGACCGGUUGAGCGGCAAGAUUCUGCACAUUGACUUUGGCGAUUGCUUUGAGGUCGCAAUGACGCGCGAAAAGUUCCCCGAGAAGAUCCCGUUCCGCCUGACCCGGAUGCUGAUCAACGCGAUGGAGGUCACCGGCAUCGAGGGCACCUACCGGCGAACCUGCGAAAGUGUCAUGCACGUGCUCCGCCGCAACAAGGACAGCCUGAUGGCCGUCCUCGAGGCGUUCGUGUACGAUCCGCUGCUCAACUGGCGCCUGCUGGACGCGGACAAGAACCGCCGCUCGAAGAACGCCACCGACGUGGACAGCACGACGGAAAGCAUGGAAGAAACGCUCGACCUGCUGACGAUCAACGCGCGCAAUCUCCGCAUGAACGAAGCGAACACGGCGGCAACGGCAGCGGCGGCCGCAGCAGCAGCAGCAGCCGCGGGAGGAGGUGACGCCGGUGCCGGAGGAAUCGACCAGGGCAGCAACUGUGUGGCGAAUCCGGCCGAGGCCACCAACAACAAGGCGCGGGCCAUCGUGGAUCGCGUCAAGCAGAAACUCACCGGCAAAGACUUUAACACGGCCGAGGUGGACGUGCAGCGGCAGAUCGAUCUGCUGAUUCAGCAGGCCACCAACAACGAGAAUCUGUGCCAGUGUUACAUCGGGUGGUGUCCGUUUUGGUAGAGAGAGUGAGGGAGAUUAUCGUGAACGCAAAGUGUUGCUGUAUAUAAUUUUUCUUUGUUUCGUUGUAUUAUUUUUGCGGCUUGGCAUGUGUUUACCAUUGGGAUGUUACACUCUAUCUAUAAUAUUAUCUACUUCUAUUACUAUUAUUAUUAUGCUACCAUAACCAUAACCGAUAACUACUAAAUAUUAAAAGAAAAUAUUAUUAUUAUUACAAACGAAGCAAUUGCUAUUGAGGCGCGGAAUAAAGAAUAACAAAAUAAAA